CGUAUCCAUAUUCCGUGUGUGAAAUCAUAAUAGGUUUGUUCGGGUUUCCACUGUUUCCAGAAUGGGAACUAUUACAAAACUGCGCAGAACUGCGUACGCAGUAAACGAAAUCCUGAACGAUUCAUCACAGUUCUUUAGUUCGAAAAAAACAAAACGCUCAAAAAUCCAAAUGAUUGUUUUUGUUGUUAUUAAGUGAUACUAGGUGGCGCAUUGUACUUCUUCUGUUUUGUUUUUUACUUAUAUCUUGCAGGACGAUGGCGACUGUGCACUGAACGCAUUAUUGUUUUCUUUAUCUAAAAUCUAUGUUCUUUGUUAAUAUUUAGUUGUUACCGUUAAUCAGAUGUCAUUAAGUUUUUAUCAGCACAGUUAUCACCAGUAGUUUAUCAUUUAUUUCGUUGUUUGUAGAGUUAGUUAUCUUGUAUUUUGUUUUUCUCCUGUUGAUCCCGUUUUUAUCUAGUCUUUUUUAUAUAGUUUAUAGUUUUUAUCUUGUUUUUUUUUUAUCUGGGCGUCAAAAAUAAUUUGUUGACAAUGAGUCAUCAAACUCGAGAUGAAACUAAUCAAUUUUUAAAUGAGUUUCUCAAUUUUGAGAAGAAGGAUGAAGAAAGUUUUUUUACCAGGGAGAAAAUAUUAUAUCUUCUAAAUUUACAUAAAAUAAAUAAGACAAAAGUUGAGUCUGGCAAUUUAAAAAAUAUGAAGGUGUUGUGGGAGGUAGUGGCCAGAGAUAUUUCCAAUAAAUAUCGUGUUACCGUUAUGCCACAUAAAUGUGAAAAUAAAUUUAAAGUGCUGGAAAGGAACUAUAAAAAAACCAAAGAUAAUAACAAUAAGACAGGGAGAGGUAGACGAACGUUUGAGUUCGAAAGAGAGUUUGAUGAAUUGUAUGGAAAAAAACAACAAAUUUAAAUCCACAAACUCUCGUGUAAUCAACUUCUACAUUUCACCCUGCAGCAUCUACCUCGACCUUUCGCCCUGGAGCUUCUACUUCAAUAUUUCAUCAGGUGGCAUCUACCUCCACAUUUAAGCCAGCUGCAUUAAGUUCAACAAAUCAUCCCCCAGCAUCUACCUCAAAAAUUCAGGAUGACAUAUUUAAAAAGAAACGACAUCCUAAAUGAAAUGAAAAAUGAUAUGAAAAAUUAUUAUAGUGAAAAACUUAAAAUAGAAAAAAAAAAACUCGAAAAAUCCAAAAAAAAAAUUGGAAGACCGGAAAAAGAGAACGGCCAUAAUGGAGAAACAAUUGGAAGAACAAAAAAUUUACAAUCUGCGUCAUUAGAUUUCUUUUCUAUUUUUUAUUUAUUAAGUUUAUUUUUACAUUUUUAUUUGUUAUUAGUUUUAAGGAAAUACUUUUUUAUUUAUGUUUAGUUUGUG